CUCUCUCUGUCCCAGCCUCUUCUAUAUCAAAGAGUACUCAUCCCUCCUUUUUCACCCUGAACCUUUAUUCUCUCUUUCUCUCCACAAGCUUCUUCAAAUCCCUCCGGUGUCUAUAAAUAGAGGAAAACGUUUUCAUCGUGUUGUAGCAUUUCCCAAUCUUUUUCUCCCUUCUCUGCCUCUCUUCGAAUUCCUAACAGGAAUUUUGAGCGAAAAUGAGAGAGUUUUGGACCUCUUUGGCAUCGUUGCUGGGUGUGUUUGCUUUCUCUCAGACUCUUCUUCAGACGGUUUUCCCGCCGGAGCUUCGGUUCGCCACCAUCAAGUUCUUCAACCGGAUCUUCCACUGCUUCUCCUCGUACUGCUACUUCGAUAUUACAGAAAUCGACGGCGUCAAUACCAACGAGCUCUACAACGCCGUCCAGCUCUACCUCAGCUCCUCUGUCUCCAUCACCGGAAGCCGCCUCAGCCUCACCCGUGCCCUCAACUCCAGCGGCUUCACCUUCGGCCUCGCGCACAAUGACAGCAUCGUCGAUACUUUCAACGGCGUCAAUGUGCUCUGGGAGCACGUCGUCACGCAGAGGCAAGCCCAGACCUUCUCGUGGCGGCCGCUGCCGGAUGAGAAGCGAGGGUUCACGCUUCGAAUCAAGAAGAAGGAUAAAUCUCUGAUUCUGAAUUCCUACUUGGAAUACAUUAUGGAGAAAGCGAAUGAGAUUAGGAGGAAGAAUCAAGAGCGGUUAUUGUACACGAAUUCAAGAGGUGGGUCCUUGGACUCGGGUCACCCUUGGGAAUCGGUGCCGUUCAAGCAUCCCAGCACGUUCGAUACUUUAGCCAUGGACCCAGAAAGAAAGGAGGAGAUCAUGGAAGAUCUGCAAGAUUUUGCGAAUGGCCAAUCGUUUUACCAGAAAACGGGUCGGGCUUGGAAGAGAGGUUACCUCCUGUACGGCCCUCCAGGAACCGGAAAAUCCAGUAUGAUUGCUGCAAUGGCGAAUUAUCUCGGGUAUGAUAUAUACGACCUGGAACUAACAGAAGUUCAUAACAAUUCAGAACUGAGGAAACUUCUAAUGAAGACGAGCUCUAAAUCCAUUAUUGUCAUCGAAGACAUUGAUUGCUCAAUCAACCUGACCAACAGGAAGAAGAACAGCAACAAUAGUAGUUCGAGGAAUUACUAUGAUCCCGGUGCUGAGAUACGUGGUGCGUGCGGCUCUGCUUGUGGUGAAGAUGGUGGGAAUUCAAUAACGCUUUCUGGGUUGUUGAAUUUCACUGAUGGGUUAUGGUCUUGUUGUGGGAGCGAGAGGAUUUUCGUGUUCACCACGAACCACAUUGAGAAACUGGACCCUGCUCUGUUACGAAGUGGGAGGAUGGAUAUGCACAUUUUCAUGAGCUACUGUUCAUUCUCAGCUCUCAAGAUUCUGCUGAAGAACUAUCUGGGAUACGAAGAAGGUGACUUGGAGGACUCAGUGAUGAAGGAACUAGAGCAAGUUGUCGACAGGGCACGCAUGACUCCGGCUGAUAUCAGCGAGGUUUUGAUCAAGAACCGGAGGUUCAAGGAAAAAGCAGUGAAGGAAUUGUUAGACACACUGAAGCUGGCAGCAGAAAGGAACCAAAAAAAUGGAGUUCUGAGAGGAACAAAUGGCGGGGUCGAAGACGAAGAGGAAGAACAAGAGAAAAGAGCUCUGGAGAGUCCUAAAGAAGAGUCGGAGAUAGAGGACAGUUGCAGCAAGGGAGGUGAAGAAGCAGAGGAGGAAGAAGAAGAAGGGAAGAUCAAAUGAAUACAACAACACACAAGACAGAUUCUGCAUUUGAUGUUCAAAAAGUUUUCUAAGGGUAAGCUCAUGGGAGAGACAAUAUAAGAUAGAAUAUGAAACAGCCUGUAGUAGUGGGGGCGAAGUAAAGUAACAACCUUUGAAACAAAGUUGAAACAUCUGUGACAUAAAUUAUGAUUAUGAUUAUUAUUAUUAUUAUGAUUGUUAUUAUGAUGUGUUUCUUUUCCCUCCUUAGCUAUGAUAUGAAUGAAAUGAGCAUUAGUUAAUGAGUACAAGUAGGUAAGAUUGUGAUAUGUAGAAUUGGGAAGUGUUUGUGCGUGGGGGGGCUUUACAACCUGACAUGCUUGGUAAGCCAGCUGGGAUAUUGGUGAACAUCUGGGGUGCACAUGGCUUUGGCGUAGGGUAGGAGCUUGAUUUGAUGGGGACUUCGUUAGGGGAAUAUAGCAAUUUAUAGAUUUCUUUCUUUCUUUCUGGUUUAUAAGCUUAUCUCACUGAAAUUGAAAAUGAGACUCCUUGAUGACUAACUAUCUUACUGGGGCUACAUUCAACUACCAUCAUCAUCAUUGUCGUUGUCCCAGAUGGCUCACCUUAAUUUGGU